AUGCUAGCAGACAUAUUGUUUAUUUUCUAUGUUUAUUUAGUUCAACUUGUUUAUUGUCAAGAUGCAGUUGACCUUGAUACUGUAGAUCUCAGGUGUGAUUAUGAUGCCUUUGAAGUUGCUUUGAGAGAGAUCAAGUAUGAUAAAGAAGCUUCAACUAUGUAUAAUGUAUUACUAGAAAAUAUUCAAAAAUGUAAUGCUGAAAAAUAUUCAAAUGAAUAUGUGAAAAAAAUAAAAUUAAUCAAUGAAUUGUUAUACAAACAUGGUUUAUUAGAAUUAUCAAAUGGACAGGAGUUAAAAUCAUUAAGAAAGUUCCAAGAAAUAAUAAAUAAUUACAGCGACAUCAACGACACAACUGAAUCCUUAAGGGAAAGUGACCCAUAUUUUACUCUGGCCAAAGAAAGAUAUUCAAAUAUUAACUCCUUAUUUGGUAAUUGGGAGUCAAUUGAUGCGUUAUUUAGCUUAAAUACAAAGAGGGAAGAUAGGAAUUUAAAAGACCAAUCGAAAAUAAAAGAACUAACUUAUAAAAAUCUGCUGAAUGAAGUAGAAAAUAAUUUGAGUCAACAAAAUGAACAGCGUAAUUCGGAAAAGAUAGAUCAAUUAUUCAAUGAACUAUUCCAAAUCUCUCCAUUUAAUAUAAAAUCAAGAUAUUUACAUAUCAAUUACCUUUUAGCGGAGUUGGGGGAGUCUAUCGAUGAUUUGUCAAUAUCAUACGAUUUAAUUAAAUCAUAUCAAAUAAUUAUUGAAAAAAAUAGUUUAAGUUUGUCUUUAAAUGAAAGAAGAGAUAUUAGAUUAAAUAUAGCUAUCAUUCAAACUUUUUUACUUGGUGUUGACUCUUCACGCACAAUAAAAUCUUGUCUGCAAUUAGACAUGGACUUUCAACCAUGUAAAAUGAUAUUCAGCUUACAAUCCAAAAUCAACAAGAUCAACCCACACAGAUCUUUACUUUUAGAUUCUGAUGAAUACAAAAGCGGUUCAUACAACGACAAUAGCAACAUUAACUGGAAUCAAAUUAUCAAAUUGUAUUUAUUGGACAAAAAGCCAGUCAUAAAAUUAAAUAAUGAGGAGAAAAAAGAGUUUGAAAACAAUUAUAAAUUAAUCCAGAAAAUUUCAAAGGUAAUGCUAAUAAUACUUUUUGAAAAUACAAAUAUCGACGUACUAAAUUCAGACAAGUUUAAUGAUGUUGAAUUAAUUAAAUAUAUUGAUGCUCUUUUAUGUCAAAGUUCGACGGAGGACCCCGAUUACAAAAAAUUAACGAAUCCAUAUUGUAAAAAAGCUCUUAAGAAUGUAAUGACAAAAUCUCAAUGGACUAAUUUUGGUAAAACUUUAAAAAAUUAUGAACCAUUUCCAAUUGAUGAGUUAAGAAAUAUUUGGAAUAACUAUCCCCAUUUAGCAAUCCAUGCUAUAGAAGUAAUUCUAAAGAAGUUGGACAAUGAUAAGUUUAAAAAAUAUGGUGAAUUAAGAGAUGAAUUGAAAAGAUUUUUUGACGAAAUUGGUGCUCGUGAAGCCAAUAAUCAAUUUAUUAAAAAACAAUAUGAAAAUUUCGAAGAACUUCAAAAAAAUAUGUAUCAAAAUGCUCAUAAUCAACAGCAAAGACAAUAUCAACAUCAGUAUCAACAGCAGCAACAACAGCAACAACAGCAUCAACCACCUCCUCAACAUGGUGAAUUUGGAAACAAAGACUUCUAUAAAGUACUAAGUAUUCCUACUAGUGCUACAGACAAAGAAAUACGAAAGGCAUAUUUACUGCUGACGAAAAAGUACCAUCCUGAUAAACAAGGUCAGCUAUCUCCCAAACAACAAGCGAAAAACCAUGCUAAAAUGAUUGCUAUUAAUGAAGCUUAUGAAAUUCUGAGUGAUGAAAAUAAACGUAGAGACUAUGACAAUUCUAGAGGAGGAAGUAGAAACCCAUCCCAAGGUAGGCCAGGAGGUCCAGGAGGUCCAGGUGGCCAAGGUAAUCCAUUUGAUUUCGGAAAUAAUUUCAACUUUAAUUUUAGAUUUUAG